AUGGGUCAUCUUCCUCAACGUCAGUUCAAGCCGAUCAAUGCCUUCAUUAUCGUGGUCAUGGCGCUUGGGUCCUUGGCAUAUGGUUAUUCGGCCAGUGUAAUAUCGACUACGCUGGCACAACCCUCUUUCUACACUUACUUCAACCUUAGCUCUCGCCCCAACGAGAACGACAUCAUCGGAUUGAUGAAUUCCCUUUACCAAGCGGGAGGGUUUUUUGGGACUUUCACCGUCGCAUUCUCUUCGGAUCGCUGGGGUCGACGUGCAGGAAUCGCAAUCCCCGGAGCCCUUGUGCUUGUCAUGGGCGCUUUACUUACCGGAAGCGUCAAUCUCACCAUGUUCAUUGCUUGUCGAUUCUGGGCAGGGUGGGCUUCUUACGCACUGGUUUCUGCCAUUCCAGUCUGGAUGAGUGAGGUUGUUCCCGCGCAUAAUCGCGGGUCGCUGGUUGCAGUUCAUGGAGCAUCACUGCUUCUGGGAUACUGUCUGGCGGCUUGGGUUGGCUUUUGUUUCUGGCAUCUUCCGGCCUCCAACAAUUGGCAAUGGCGUGGGCCCAUGAUACUUCAGUGUCUACCCGUUGCCCCUCUCCUUCCCUGCCUGUAUUGGUUGCCAGAAAGCCCUCGGUGGUUGGCCAUCCAAGGCAGAGACGCCGAGGCGAGCCAUAUCCUCAAGAAAUUACACGCACCCGACGAAGCCGAGCACGAACUCCUCCAGAUUAAAGCGCAGGCCGAGAUUGAGCACCGCCUCGAUAGCUCUUACUGGGCUCUGUUCACGAAGCCAAGUUAUCGCAAACGAUGUAUCUUGGCGUUCAUCACCACCGUGUCGAUCCAGUUUUGCGGUCCAAUCUUGAUCAACAAUUACGGCCCAACUAUUUACAAAAGCUUGGGCUUUAGCGUCACGAAGCAACUUUUGUAUCAGUGCGGGUGGCUGACCCUUGCCUUUGGCGGAGGUCUACUCUCACUUUGGGUGGUGGACACUAUGUCCCGUCCGGUCCUUCUCGCAGGCGGUAUCACCGGUUCUCUCGUAUGUCUGACUAUCGAAGCGGCUCUUGUCGCCACAUACGCAACCUCCCCCGAAUCUCUGGCCCAUCCUAACGAGUCUGCCUUGCAAGCUGCGGUUGCAAUGUUCUACAUCUACAUUGUUAUUUUCGAAUCUGCCCUGGACAGUGGCCAAUUUGUCUACCUUGGAGAGCUGUUUUCAACUCACCUCCGGGCCAAGGGCAUUAGUUUUGGCGUUGCCGGCGUGAAUUUAAUCAAUAUCGUAUGGCCCCAAGUUGCACCGACCGCCUUUUCAACGAUUGGCUGGAAAUUCUACCUCGUUUUCAUCAUUCCGGGUAUGGCCUUUGCCACGUUAAUAUUCUUAUGGUUCCCGAACACACGUGGCAUGCCGCUUGAAGAAGUUGCGGAACUAUUUGGUGACGAAGCCAACCACGCAAGUGCACAAGUUGUGGAUAAGGAAGGAGACUCGAAAGGAAGAGGCGACCGCCUGCUCAGUGUCCGGGAGCCAGAUACGGCGGGAGCACAAAAACUCUCUAGUCAUCACGAAGAAGUGAUAUCGGUGUGA